GCAAAAGAUAACCAUAUAACUCACAGUAGUAAAGUGAUUUUUCGAAAUAAUGAUAUAUCAUUUAUUUUAAUCAUAAAAUAUAUAUAAGAAGAUUCCAAAUCAAAUUGUCUAUUUUUUAUUUGUUUACUGUUAAAAUGAAUGUUAAAUGUGACCUAUAUCAGAACGGGACAUUCUAAAUACAGGUGAAACCGCAUAAUAAAACAUAAUUGAAAUUAACACCAGUAUUUCAGAAAUCUGUUAUUUAUUUUAAUUUUUCAAACGCCAUUUUUGAGGCUCGGCAUUAAGCUCCAAGUGGAGUGUGAAAGGCAGACACUUUUUACAGCGUGGGAUGCUCCGUGGCAAAAGCGCCGGUGGUGCGCAGCCUGCCUCCAGAUCCCACCGUGGAACAGGCGGGCAUCACCGGAUCAGUCAGGUGUCAUCCGGGGGACGAUGAGGAUGGAGCUGGUGAUGAUGAACAGGGCUGUUUUUUUGCGUGAGAAACGCCAACUUGCACUCCUACUCUUCUUCUACUUCUUCUUCUCCGGGGGUGUCUAAAGGCGCAAAAGCAUGCAGAUAUCCCCGAGUGAAGACAAGAUCCCUGUCGUGGGCUCACCUUCCAGCCCUCAGGGCACCGGGGAAGGCCUUUACUUCUCUGACGGCAAACGGAAAGUUGACUACGUCCUGGUCUUACACCAGCGGCGGAACGGCUCCGUACGAUCUCAUGCCAGCGCCACCGUUUCACACGACAGGCUGUCCAUCGUUUCCAAUGGCAACUUCCCCCCUUCGGCGGGCUCGGAUGCCGCGGGCGGGAAAGGAGCUCGGGAAUUGUUGGGGGAGCCCGCGCGAGCCGGAGAGGUGUUCAUGGAGCUCGGCGAUGCCGGGGACAAAGAGCCAACGGAGCCCGCCGACCACGAGGUGUGUCUCAUCAGGCAGGAAUUCGAGGCCAGCCUGCUGGAGGCCGGCCUGGAGUUGGAGAGAGACAAAGAGUUAAAGACCCAUGGCCCGAGCUUCACUCGUCUACACGCGCCAUGGCCAGUACUGUGUCGGGAGGCUGAGUUCCUCAAGAUCAAAGUCCCCACCAAGACGAGUUACGAGCUAAAAGAGGAGAGUGGUUUCGGGUCCAGUAUGAGCACAGUGUGGAGGAAAAUGAACCACCCUUUCCAGCCCAAAGUACCUCAUCAAGAACAAGAACGCACCAAAUUUCUGACUCACUGCUUCUCUAGGGACAAACUCCACCUAUACAACAUCACAUCUAAAGACACGUUCUUUGAUAACGCUACAAGGGCCCGAAUAGUAUAUGAGAUCCUGAGACGGACAGUGUGUGUACGAACCUGUCAAACCAUAGUGUCCACCAUAUGUCUGGUUGGCAGUCACACCACGGCAGAAGGUCUGAGCCAGAGGGUACUGGUGCUGCCGCAGGGGAAGAAUGGCAUCAGCACAUUGAUAGCUAAAGGAGUGUAUGACGACGCCUUCCCGCUACACGAUGGCGACUAUAAAGUCAUCGGGCACCUGGAGGAGAAGAGCGACAGACAGGUUCUGCACAACGAGUGGGCCAAGUACUCUGCCUUUUACAAGUACCAGCCCAUUGAUCUGGUCAGGAAGUACUUUGGGGAGAAGAUCGGUCUGUAUUUUGCAUGGCUUGGUGUUUACACUCAGCUGCUGAUACCGGCCUCCAUAGUGGGAAUCAUCGUGUUCUGCUACGGGGUGGCCACAGUGGAUUCUGAUGUACCCAGUCUGGAGAUGUGUGACGGACGUCUCAAUUUCACCAUGUGUCCUCUGUGUGACGGAGCCUGUGACUUCUGGCAUCUCAGCACGGCCUGCGGCACCGCCAGGGCUUCACACCUCUUCGACAACCCCGCCACUGUCUUCUUUGCCAUCUUCAUGUCUCUCUGGGCGGUGCUGUUCCUGGAGCAGUGGAAGCGCCGCCAGAUCAGUUUGAGCUUCAGUUGGGAUCUGACUGGUAUCGAGGACGACGAGGAACAUCCUAGGCCUAAAUACGAGACCAUCCUCCUCCAGAAGAGGCAGAGGAAACAGAAAACCAAGAAGAAGAAGAAGAAAAAGAACGAGCUAGAGAAGCAGGAGGACGGGACAGUGACAGGGAAGGACAGAUGGAGACAAAAACUACUGUCUGCCAUGACUGCAGGAAUACCGGCCGCCAUAGAGAAGUUGACCUGGAAAGACCGUCUUCCUGGAUACUUCAUCAAUGUCUCCUCUGUCCUCUUUAUGUUUGGCUUGACGUUUUCAGCUGUUUUUGGCGUCAUCAUCUACCGCAUCACGGUGUCGGCCCUGAUGGCGAUGAGCCCCGACCCGGACACCAAGUCCAAUGUCCGGGUGACGGUGACGGCCACCGCGGUCAUCAUCAACCUGGUGGUUAUUCUGAUCCUUGAUGAGAUCUACGGCGCUGUGGCAUUGUGGCUAACUGAGCUAGAAAUUCCUAAAACAGAAACCCAAUUUGAGGAGAGACUCAUCCUGAAAGCCUUCCUCCUCAAGUUCAUGAAUGCGUAUGCACCCAUCUUUUACGUGGCCUUCUUCAAGGGACGGUUUGCUGGUCGACCUGGAAGCUAUGUGUACGUCUUUAACCAUUAUCGGAUAGAAGAGUGUGCGCCAGGAGGCUGCCUCAUCGAGCUGUGCAUUCAGCUCAGCAUCAUCAUGCUCGGGAAGCAGCUGAUCCAGAACAACAUCUUUGAAAUCGGAAUCCCGAAGUUGAAGAAGCUGGUGCGCUCGUUGAAGGACAAAGGAACGGCAGAGAAGGAGAUGGAGGAGGAGAGGCCUCCAAAGCAGUGGAACCUGGAUUACGCCUUGGCUCCCUUUGACGGCCUCACGCCUGAAUACAUGGAAAUGAUCAUCCAGUUUGGUUUCGUCUCCCUGUUUGUGGCUUCGUUCCCCCUUGCGCCGCUCUUCGCUCUGCUCAACAACGUCAUCGAGAUCCGACUGGACGCCAAGAAGUUUGUUACGGAGCUACGCAGGCCGGUCGCCGUACGUGCUAAAGACAUUGGUAUAUGGUACAACAUACUGAGUGGAAUGGGAAAAUUCUCAGUCAUUAUCAAUGCCUUUGUGAUCUCCUUCACAUCAGACUUCAUCCCUCGGCUCGUCUACCAGUACAUGUUCAGUCCGACCGGCACCAUGCACGGCUUCAUUGACCACACGCUCUCCUACUUCAAUGUGUCCAACUUUAAACCUGGCACGGCACCGCAUAACUUAGAGCAAGGGAGCAUCACAGUCUGCCGGUAUAAAGACUACAGGGAACCCCCCUGGUCUCCGGACGCUUACUCCUUCUCCAAACAGUACUGGUGUGUCCUGGCUGCAAGACUGGCUUUCGUCAUACUGUUCCAGAAUCUGGUGAUGUUCCUCAGCCUCAUUGUCGCCUGGGGGAUCCCCGACGUUCCCAAAACCAUCGUGGAGCAGUUCAAGCGGGAGAAGAAGCUCCUGGUCGACGUCUUCCUGCGGGAAGAGAAGGAAAAAUUCCAGCUCAUCCAGAGCCUCUUCUCCAAGAGCGCCUCCCACCAACCGGGCCGCCACGAGGAGCACCCGGGAAAGGGCUCGCAGCUCCCGGGCCGCUUCAGCACCCUCCCCCCGGGUGCGGAGAAGGGCUUGCCCGGAGACGGGGGCGGGCCGAGGGCGAGGUGCAGGGCGGCCAGCUUCAGCCAGUUCACCAGAAAUGUUCCCACGUCGCCCAAGAACGGAGAUGAGAACUCCAGACACACGAUGGUGUGACGUGCGACCCACACAUGCGUUAGAGGUUCUUCGGCCCCCGGGGCUCAGGACGGGAGAACACGUUGCCCGAAGGGAUUCAGUCCUUGAAUGUCUUAACCCGUGUGCUUUGUGUCCCGGUGUCCGACACAGUAGUUCUGUGCCAUCACGGCAUCACUUGGAGCCAUUGAUUGGUCUCAGUUUUGGUUGAAUGUGCAUCGUCCACGCUGGCCGAAUGAGUGUCUGCGCGUUGAUUCCCCUUCCACCCACUAAACCUGAGGAAAGUGUUCCAAUCAUUUGUUCUUUUUUGGGGGUGGUUUAUCAAUGAUUUAGUGAGCCACACUUGCUUCAUAGCGUAGACAAGCAAUAAAUACAGUAUUAGGCUGAACAAACAAAUAUUAAACAAACCUGGAAAAGACUGCAAGGGAAGAAAGAACCAAUAACGACGAAGACUCAAUGGACACAAAUGGAUUGACGGACAUGGGCUCAUUACCUGGAAUGUCCCCGCUGUAUGUGCUUACGCCCUUUUAUGUAGCAGCAACAACACUUUUGAAGACGUGUUACUGAAAGAACACCUGAUCCCAUCUUAGCACUACUUACUGUGUUACAUCUGAUGUCUCUCCAUUGAAUUCAGGCAUUACUUUGAUUCCAUUUUCAAACCUCAACUUUCAAACAAAGUCACGUUAGUCAAUGCACACGUCAUACUGCUCUACGUGUUUGUUGGACUGAUGCACAUGCCAAUGUGGCUCGAGUUGCAUGCCACCCUUAGAUUUAUCGACCAUGCUGUGGUUUUUAGAAUUAGACUGUGAAGCCUAUGUUUUUUCCUAUUAGUCAUAUGGACUUUACGGCAGUCAAUUGAGUACAGAAUGACUUAAACUUAAUAGCUUUCGUAAUUCAAAGAGAAAGCCCUGUCUGUGUCUGACUAAGAGUGGUAGUAAGCUAGAAAUGAUCUCAUCAUAUUAUUGCUCUGUUUAUUUUUGCCAAGGGAACAAAUACUUCCCUUGGCAAUCCUUCCUCCUUUAGGCGUUAGACUGUAUACUCUGACUUUCCUGCAGGUAAGUAAUACAUCUGGGGAACUACUGCCCAAAUAGAAUAACUGUGUGUUGCAUAGAAGAACUUGCUGGUGUCAUGCAACCUGUGUGGCUUUUUUUAAUGUACAACUGGACCAUCAAUUUCUGACUGCCAGGCAGUCACUUUCUCCCUUAUAGGUCCGAUUUGAUUUUAUGUUUAGAUAAUAAUAACUUGUUAGCCAGUUUGUUAACUUGUUAGCUAACAUAGGCCUACUUCAGUAUCUGGUCUAACUAUUGGUGUAUAAUUGUUAACAACUUCUUAGCAUAUGAAUUAAAUUAGCUUUUGCAUGUAAAGAUAUUGACUGAAAUUGUAAUUCCCCAAUUUUUGUGCAAGGAAAUAAGAGCUAUAACAAUUGUUAGCUAACAUGCAUGAUCUUAGUCUUUUUUCUUUUUUUGGCAAGGAUAAAAGGGGUGUACAUGGGUGUAAUUUCUCAUGUUCAACAGAUUUAUACACCACAUGAUAGGAACAUAAUAAAGGUUUACGUGUUCCCAGGGUCCAUUGUCCCAACGCCCCUGGCUUCCCCUAAAUCAUUCCCAAGUUGUCACAUGGUGAGGUCUUUUUGCCAUCGCUAUUUAGGAAAAUAUUGUUGUUUGGGGUAAAAUUAGUAUGUUAUUGACAACCUGGGAAACAGGCUGUUUUUUCAGCUCCAAAUGGCCUCUGCCUGAGGAGAUGUUCCCUAGCUCUAUUAGCUUAAUAUGCCCUGGGCUGUUGUUGAAACUUGUCUACGGGAACAAAGCAUAGAUUUGAACAGCCAUGCUGAAAUGGCUUCCUUUCAGCAUAAAACAUUUUGAAAAAUGGAAUGAAUGUGUAACAGAAUAUUUACCUGGGUAACUUAACAAUGGGAGCUAAGUAACUUGGCAACAAAGGACCGUGAAAAAUGCUUUGUUCACGUUAUUUCAACACCUGAGUCAUCAGUAGCUCAGUGUCCUCCAUUUAAGACAGAAGGGAUCUAGCUGCCUCUCAUGAGUCCGAACGAGGACAUACUAAAUAACCAGACUGAAGCCAGAAGACAGUAGUCUGUAAACAGUAAAUCACAGAAUCGUAGAGUGAUGUACAGAAUGUGUUUAAAUCACUGAUUCAGACUUGGCCCAUCAGUUUAACUUCCUCUGCAUCCUUUGAAUUAGAGUGAUACUACCACCAGUUUUUAGUGUGAAUUAGAGAUCGACUGCUCAACUUAACAGUAAUAUUAUGGUUAAUGGAAACCAUUUCCCUGCAGAACACUUAUGUUGGAGGUGCUUCUAAGGGAGAAAGAUUGAUUAAGGCUUAAAUGGUUUGACUUUCCAAUUUAGACCAAACUAGUUCACAAGUACUAACAAACAAUUUAUGCCAUUUUUUAAGUAAAAAUGAGUAUUGAUUUCCGAUCAACUGUACCCAUGGAUGUGACCCGUCCUGCCAACAAGACACAAUGGCAGUCUUUUUAGCAACAUUAUGGGGUUAUUCAGGGUGAGCAUCAUUCUUUGGAAUUAAGGGGCGCCAUCUUGAAACCCCAUACCUAGUUCUUGAUUAGCUUCAGAGGCCUUAUAACUGCUCUUGUAUAGUCAACAAAAGACAAACACCCGUCUGCUCAGUUAGGCCUUAGUGAAACAUACUGUAGUGAACUGUAAAUGUUCUCAAGUGGUCUUUAUGGCUAGGAAAUUGUAAAAAAGUGGUGUUAUCUGUCGCCCGAAGAAGAGAAAUGUUCAUCCUUACCUGAUCGUUACCUUAAUUAAGUUGGUGUAGAAGUUCUUAAAUACAUGAGUGUUGGAUGCAUUAUGAAAUCAUUUUUUACAUGUGUGAUCUGUUUGCUUUCAUAUCAUUUGGCUAUUCUUAUAAUUCACCGUUUUGGUAGGGCAGUUCUUGUGAGAUUUCCUGGUCGAAACAAGAAAUCGUCAAAAUUGAAUUAACAUACAACCAGUUUGAUAGCAAUAUAAUGCUGGAUUUACAGAUAUUGAAAUCCUUUUCUGGGUGGACAGUUGUCAUUAUCUCAGGUGCUUGUUUUCAGCUUGUAGGCUUUUCUACAAAAAAACUGUAUGAGCUGAGUUGGUCUUUUCUGGAAGAUUUCUUGUUACCAGUAGCCUAAACCAGGUACCAGGUGGUCAAGGGAUAAUCCUGCCAAAACAUACUGUUGUUACCUUAUGCCUGUUACCAUGUCAGCUUGCCUUCCAAGACAAUACAAGAACAAGUGGAAAGCAAAUUACUUGGUAAUCACGCUAAAUAAAUUGUACAAAUACAUACUGUUCAAGCCGGGAGGAUUCAUUCAUUUAAAUUCUUUUACCGGCUGUAUUUAUUUUUCUGCCAGAUGUUUGUGACCAAAACAGAAAUAAAACCUUAUUAUUUAACACAGUGGUUCCCAAACUUCGGGUCGCGGCGCUUCAUCACCUACCCUAAGAAAAAAAAAAACACGAAAGCGACAUGACGAGAGAGAGAGAGAGAGAGAGAGAGAGAGAAAGAGAGAGAAAAAGAGAGAGAGAGAGAGAGAGAGAAUGGUUUGGUAAAACUUCCCAUUAAAUGUAGAAAUACAAGUUUUUGCACUGUUCCCAGCAUUGAUUUUUAAAUUUAAUUGAAAAUAUGUUGACAAAAUGUAAUAAAACUAUUAAGUGGAAAAGUGAAGUUAUAUGUUAUUUUUUUAUGAAUAAAAACACAUGAUAUUUCAUACAAUGGUUGGGGGGGUCUUACAAUGUGCCU